AUGAAAAACACCAAUAUUUCAACUAUAGAUCAUUUUAUCAUCAUUGGAUUCCCUGGACUUCAGCCUGAGUAUUAUGGACCAGUGUCUGUUCUUCUUCUUUUCAUUUUCUUAUCUAUUGUGGUUGGAAAUGGUUUUAUUUCAGCUGUUAUUGUGUACGAGAGGACUCUUCACAAACCAACAUACAUAAUCUUUUUUAACCUUGCAAUGACAGACAUCCUUUUUGGUGUUGUUACUCUUCCAAAAGUUAUUGCAAGAUAUUGGUGGAAUGAUGUAAUAUCUUCAUUUAGAGCCUGCUUUACACAAAUGUAUUUUGUCCAUUCUUUAGGAGCUAUUCACUCUUUAAUUUUACUGAUGUUAGCUUUGGAUCGCUUUGUUGCCAUAUGGUUUCCUUUGCAAUAUUCCUCUCUGUUUACAAACAAAUCUAUUUCUAUUGCUUGUAGCCUGUGCUGGAGUCUAACAUUCAUUCGCAUGUUGGGGAUUGUAUUGCAUGCUUCAACUUUACCUUACUGCAACCUAAACGUCAUCUUACAGUGCUACUGUGAUCAUGUAUCAGUAACUCGGCUGGGAUGCGGUGAUCAAGUUACAUAUGUAUAUUCUGUUGCACUUGCAAAUGCCAUGGUCACUCUCUUGGUUCCUUUAACGUUCAUAAUAUUUUCAUACUUUUCUGUGAUCAUAGCUGUGCUGAAAAUGUCUCACACCGAGAGGCGGCACAAAGUGCUGUCCACCUGUGCCCCUCAGAUCUUUAUCACCUGUUUGUAUUAUGUACCCAGAUGUUUUGUUUAUAUUGCUCAUAAUUUGGGCUUCAGCUUCGGUGUUUACACCCGUACUGUUAUAACUAUGAUGUAUAGCCUCAUACCUGCUCUAGUGAAUCCCAUAGUAUACUGUUUCAAGACUAAGGACAUUAAAGAAGCCUUGAUUCACAGAUUCAAAAGCAGAAAAGUUAGCAUUGAAACUGCCUCUAAACAAAAUAAUAGGGAAACAAAAAGUUAG